AUGAUGCCUGCAAGUGGUAGACGGUCGAAGAUUAGACCACCAAGAAAAUCUCUUGUAAGUUCAACUAUUGACAAUUCGAAUAAUAAUAAUAAUGAUCCAUCAUUAGAUUUUGAAAAAUCAUGGUUAGUAUUAGCCAAUGCAAUAAAUCAAAUUCAAAAUAAAAAUGUUUCCAACUUAUCAUAUGAACAAUUAUAUAGAAAAGCUUAUGUUUUGGUUAUUAGAAAAUAUGGUGCGAAAUUAUAUGAUAAUGUAGGUAGUGUCAUAACUCAACAUUUAUUAAAUAGACGUCAAUAUCUAGUGUCAAUUUCAACUGGUAAUGAAGAAUUCAUGAAGGCAAUUAUACAAGAAUGGAAUGAACAUUUGCAAGCAAUGAAGUUUAUAAGUGAUGUUUUGAUGUAUCUUAAUCGAGUAUAUGUUAAGGAACAAAAGAAAUUGUUAAUUUAUGAUCUUGGAAUUCAAUUGUUUAAAGAUAAUAUCAUUAGAUAUAAUGGAGAUGAAGUUGGUCAUAGACUUGUACAUAUAGUGAUUGAUGAAAUUACAAAAAGUAGAAAUAAAAUUGCAAUUACUUCAAAUAUGUAUAUUACAAAAGUUAUUAAUAUGUUGGAAUUAUUGGUUGAAUCAACUAAUUCUGAAAUUCAAUAUGGGGAAAAUUAUUAUCAAACGGUAUUUGAACCUUUAUUCCUUUCAAGUUCUCAUGAUUUCUUUACUAAUUUAUCCCAACACCUAAUUGGAUAUUCACUGGGUUCAAAAUACUUAUAUGAGGCCAAUCAAUUCAUCAAAGAUGAAGAAAAUCGAAUCAAAUUUUAUUUACCUUCUUCGACAUAUCCCAAACUUAUAGAGCUUAUGAACAAUAUACUUAUUAAAGAUAAAAUUGAUGGAAUAAUAUUACUUCCUUAUGAACAGCAAGGUCUUGAAUAUUGGUUGAGACCAAUAAUGACCAACAUUUUCGAAGAUAAAAAUGAUACCUACAAUUAUACUGAUUUUGCCUUGCUAUAUAACCUCAUUGGUCGCAUCGAUGAAGAUUAUCAGUUGUUAAGAGCUAGAUUAAAAGAAGGCAUAAUAAAUCAAGGGAAAACAAUUCCCGAAUUUGUCAAAGCAUCAAUUGAAUCCAGUGGAAGUGGUGGUGGUAGUGCUACAUAUAAGAAAUCAUCAUCAACAUCUUCUACAGCAUUCGCUACCAAAUGGAUAGAAACGAUUAUUAAGUAUAGACAACAAAUGUCAUUAAUUUUAGCACAUUCAUUUGAUCAUAGUCCAAUUAUUGAACAAGCUAUUACAUUUGGAAUGAGAGAAUUCAUAAAUGGAGCACCAAAUAAGCGUGGGACAGGACCAAUCCAAGUUAAUGCUCCUGAAAUGUUAUCAAUAUAUAUGGACUCUGUUAUAAAACAGUUAGGGAAAGGUUCGGCAAGUAAAGAAGUUGCAUUACAAUCAGGGGAUCAAAUUGAAGAUUUCAUAAAUAAAUCUAUUCAAUUUUUACGAUUUAUCAAAGAUAAAGAUGCAUUCGAAGCAAAUUAUGCUAAUCAUUUUGCCAAACGAUUUUUGAAUUCAAAAGGACCCUCACAAACUAUUACCAAGGGGAUUAAUAUCGAAGAAUUAGUGUUAUCCAAACUUAGUGAAGAAUUGGGAACAUCUUCACUAGAUAAAAUUAUCAAAAUGAAUAAAGAUAUUAAACUGUCGAAAGAUAUAACCAACGAUUGGAAGAGAUAUAUAACAAAACAGGAUAAACCAGAAUUGAUAGAAUUGGAAUUGAAGAUAUGUAAUGUUACUGAUUGGCCAAAAUCAAUGACCAAGGAUUAUAAAUGGUUUUCAAAAACCGAAAAUGAAGAUACACCUUUCAUAUGGCCUCGUCAACUACGUAAUACCAUCCGGGAAUUUGAAGAAUUUUGGUGCUCUGGUAAAAAGAAUGAUAAUAAAUCCUUAUUUUGGACACCUAAAUUUGGUUCAAUGGAUUUACGAAUAUCAUACCCUUCAAGAACUUAUGAAAUAAACAUGUCCACAUAUGCAGGUAUAAUUAUGUUGCUAUUUGCUCCUCAAUCUACUAAUCUCGAUGGCUCAAUGGUCCUGGCAUUUGAAGAAAACAAACAAUUGACGUAUCUUGAGAUUGCUGAGCGGACAGGUAUUCCCGAGUUAGAAUUAAAGAGACAUUUACAAUCAAUCGCUGUAGCUCCUAAACUGAGAUUGUUAAUUAAAAGUCCGAUGUCGAAAGAUGUGAAUGAGAGUGAUGUUUUCAGAUUGAAUGAGAAAUUCAAAUCACCUUCCAUUAAAGUUAAAGUCCUUACUGUUUCUGCUUCUUCUUCAGCAGCUACCACUACAGGCACAACAGCAACAAAAACGUCUAAAGCAAAAACAGAAAGACAAGAAGAAUCAGAAGAAGUACAAGGAAAUAUCCUCGAGGGUCGUAAGAUUCAAGUCAAUGCGGCAAUUGUGAGAAUUAUGAAAUCUCGUCAUACAGUGAAACAUCAUGAGUUGGUGGAAGAAUUACAUAAACAAUUAUCGAAUAGGUUCCAACCGCUGAUGAUUUUGAUUAAACAAAGAAUUGAAGAUUUGAUUCUGAAAGAAUACUUGAAACGUGACGAAGAGGAUAGAAAUAUUUAUCAUUAUGUUGCGUAG